ACUCGGGACUUGAACCUCCGACAAAAUAUAAAAAGUUAAAUAACAAACCAGUCAAAAACUUAAAUAGCGCCCUCUUGGGGUAACUAAACUCCAUUGUUUGGCUCCAAAACGUAAAGUGGCUAAAGAUUCUGUUUAGGUGAAAAUGCGCCAGACUAAAACUGGAGAAGUUGUUUUUACUUCGCGAUCGUGCACGAUCGGAGAUGAGCCAUUUAUUUAAUAUUUUGGUAAUAAAUAACUCCAUCAGACAAUCACAAAAAUGGACCAAGGAAAGGAAGAAGUAGAGGACUUUGAGAUCACGGACUAUGAUCUUCAAAAUGAGUUUAACAUCGACAGGCCAAGAAAACGAAUGUCAAAGGCCCAAGCAAUUUAUGGUGUUUGGGCUGACAGUGAUGAUGAAGAGGAGGAACGACAGGGGUUCGGCAACUCUAAGCGUCGAGGCAAUAAAGAGAUGAGUUUCAUCAGCUCCGGGAUCAAGGGAGAAGAGAAAACAAAAACACAGAAUGAUGGAAAUAAAGAAGAACAGGCCUCAUCAUCUAUCUCCUAUCAGCUUCCACUGCGCCCGGAGGGAUCAACAAAGACUUCAAAGAGCAAGACCAAUGCAGAACGAGCGCAUGCCACUCUUAUGAAAUCUGACAAAAAUUUUGGCAAUUGGCAGAAACACACGAAUGGUAUUGGAGAGAAACUUCUUCUUCAGAUGGGUUACAUCCCAGGCAAGGGUCUCGGUAAAGCCAACCAGGGUAUUGUACGCCCUGUGGAGGCCACCAAGCAUAAAGGCAAAGGGGCAGUCGGUGCCAACGCAGGAUCCCAGUUUGUGGGGCGACGCGGCGGCCGGGAACCUGAGACGGUGGAUUCAGAGGAGGAAGAAGACACCCAGUUCAGGGAGGAGCUUGCGAGAUGGAAAAGGGGCGGAGAGGUCGUGAAGAAAAAAAGCAAGUAUGUCUACCGCUCAGUGGAGGACGUGAAGAAAUCCAUCCACCAGAAGAAGAAGAAGAAGAACGGCGCCGCCGCAAGCAGCGUCAAAGUUAUCGACAUGACCGGGCCAGAGCAGCGCGUGAUGUCCGGCUACAGCCACCUUGGAAAUCAGCAUAACAAACCCUUGGAGAGGUUGGAGGUCGAGGGUAUCGAAGGUCAUAAGUCAGGGUUCGAGAUGCCGGAGCUGAUGCACAAUCUGGAUCUACUGGUGGAGCUAUCGGAACAGCAGAUCAUUCAACAUGACAGACAAUUACAUCAUGAAGAAGACAUGGUUGUCAAUCUCCAGCAUGAGCAGGGCAAGCUAAAAGCCGUGCUCAACCAAGAGGAGCGACAGAUCUCACAUCUGGAGAAGAUCAUGGUGGUCAUAGAGAAGUGUGAAGAGAGAAGUAAACCGGGCAGCGAUAAUCCGCUGUCGUUAGCGGACUGCGAGGAAGUCUUUAAGACCCUGAUGGACGGUUACCUGGACGAGUACAAGGCGUUUGAAUUGUCGCAGCUUGCUACCAUCAUUCUGUUUCCUCUCAUUAAGAAGGAGUUAGCAACAUGGGAUGUGCUGAAGACCAGCGAUAAGUACACAGAGCUGUUUAAGAAAUGGAAGGAUCUGCUGGACUCGGACGACAGUCGUUUCUUGCUGUCGACCGGCAAGACGAUGACGAUGUACGAGAGAAUCAUCUGGGAGAUAUGGAUGCCGCAAAUCAGACGAGCCAUCACCAACUGGAACAUGAGAGAGUGCGAUCCCAUUAUUGAGCUCAUGGAAAACUGGCUUCCUCUGUUACCGAGCUGGCUGCUGAAUAACAUUCUUGAUCAGCUGAUCUACCCGAGACUCCAAGAGACAGUUGAUGAGUGGAACCCUGUUACCGAUGUCAUUCCGAUACAUGCUUGGCUCCAUCCAUGGCUGCCGUUAAUGGGUGACAAACUUGAGCCUCUGUACAUCCCGAUCCGACAGAAACUGGCAAGAGCUCUGAGUAAUUGGCAUCCCAGCGAUAGCUCGGCAAAGACGAUCCUCAUGCCGUGGCGGCGUGUCUUCUCUCGAGGAACGUUAGACGCCUUCUUGAUCAGGAACAUCAUUCCUAAACUAGUCGUCUGUCUCCAAGAGUUUGUCAUCAACCCAUACCAGCAGCAUCUUGAACCGUACCAGUGGGUGGUAGAUUGGGAGGAGCUCCUGCCCACCCCAACUUUAGCGAGUCUCUUUGAGAAACACUUCCUUCCCAAGUGGCUACAAGUCUUGUGUUCCUGGCUUGGGAAUAAUCCCAACUACGAGGAGGUCACCAAGUGGUAUCUAGGCUGGAAGGGACUGAUACCGGAGCGGAUCCGAGACGAGGCAGCAGUCAAAGCGUACUUGAAGGAUGCGCUGGACGUGAUGAAUCAAGCAGUCUCGGACUCGUACUCUGGCAGCGAGGACAGCAUGGCGUACGUCAACAACUUACGCAAACAGCGAGAAGUGUCAGGUGGCGGCAGCAGAUGGGAGGCCGAAGGAUCGCCUUCAAGACAGAUGGGUGGUGCUCCCGUUAUCACCGUGCCAACCAACUUCAGGGAUCUUGUUGAGAAGAAGGCUGUUGAGCAUAACCUCCUGUUUGUGCCGACAAACCGAAGACACGAAGGCAAGAAUGUUUACAUGCUUGGUCCAUUAAGUAUCUACAUAGAGAGAGCGGUUGUGUAUGUUCAGCAGGGACAUGUUUGGACGCCAAUGGGGCUACAAACGGCAAUCGAACUUGCUCUGAAUAUGAGCUAGCAUUAAGACUACAACAGUGACGGACAUGUAUAGACAGCCAUGGUGUUACAAACAGCGAUUGAACUUGCUCUGAAUAUGAGCUAGCACUAGACUACAACAGGGAGGUGUAUGGACACCAAUGGGGCUACAAACGACCAUUGAACUUGCGCUAAAUACGAGCUAGCAUUAAGAUUAGAAUACUCACGGACAUGUAUAGACAACCAUGAUGUUACAAACAGCAACUGAACUUGCUAUGAAUGUAAGCUAGCACCAACACUUCCAAUAGUCACAAACAGUAGUUGAAUUUCUGCUAAAUAUGAGCUAGCAUUAAGACUACAACAGUGACGGACAUGUAUAGACAACCAUGGUUCAUAAUUCUAAUUCUUCUAAACAGCGAUUGACCUUGCUCUGAAUAUGAGCUAGCACUAGACUACAAUAGUCACGUACAACAGGGAGGUGUAUGGACACCAAUGGGGCUACAAACAGUGAUUGGAAUUUGAAUUUGUGCUAAAUAUGAGCCAGCACUAAUACUACAAUAGUCACAUACAUCAGGGAGAAUUUGAGCUAGCACGUGAACUGCAAUAGUCACGCGUCUACAUCAAAGAUUCAGUCACUCAUCGACCACAGCACAAGAGUAAACUGGUCCUGUACAAAAUUCUCGUGUAUAGACCAGUCCAUUUUAAUUUUCAGGGCCAAUUGUGUUGCUCUGCUUUCGUCGAACCGUGCCUAGUAACGUGGAGUAUGCACUCGCCUAAGCAAAGAUUCUCUGCCGACCCAUAAAAUACUUGUCAUGCUGGCGCUUUGUAAAGUUACAUCGAUCGAGGACGUCUAUUAUUCGUACACUGGUAGUCAUUUUCAUGUCAUUUAAGCUUUUUCAUACCAGGCACUGUACAACACACAAUUUAUAGUUACAAACUCGACAACAUCGGGCAAAUUAUACUCCAUGAAAAUGUAUAUACAUGUACUUGUGUAUUUUUGGUAUUUGUGUUUAUAGAUUUUGUACAAAUUAAACUCAUUGGAAAAUGAAUCAUCUCAGAAAGAAGGUUUUCUGUUUGUUUAUAGUGUUAUGUUUAUUCUCUCAUCGAUUUUCAUCAAAUAGACUGUACAAGUCCUGCACGUAUUCAACCAUUGGGACCCAUUAAAAUGCGAAAGUUUGUAUCCUUAUCAAAUAAUAAUUCACAAGGGAAACUGACGGGGUAAAUUUUAAAUGAUUAAAGUUUUUCUUUGUAAACCCAAAAUCAGUUUGUUUCCUCCUCGUAUUAAAAGCUACCUACGCGAGACGUAAUUCGUCCCAAAAAUGUUUGAAUCUGCAGGGGACUUGCACAGUCUAUUACAGAAUUGUAAAUUCUAUACAUAUUAUUAGCCAAACAAUUAUUUUGUUGUGUGGCACGAAAAACUUGAAAAAAUGAAAUAAUAAUUCAUUCCUCACAUGGUAGUAUCAUGGAGGUGGUAGUAUAAUCUGUGGCACUGGUGGCAAAAUAUGGGAGAUUUCCAGACCAUUUGGAGUAAGCUCCGAUAGCAAAAAAUAUAAUAUUCAACUUCAAACUUGAUUGAUGUCAGAAGUCAGAUUAAAGUAGGGGUAAUAUUUGGCCUUGUAGCUUGUAAAAAAUUAUAAUGUUCAGCAAAUCUUAGCCAAAUUGUGAUGAUCAGUCAGAAGUGUAUAUUUGCACCAACAUGGCUGGGUUUUCUUCCUAUUUCAAUUUUUGUAUUGAUACACUGCUUGAUGAGUCUAGGUACCCUCGCC